GUCGGGUCGAGGCGGGGCGACAGGAGAAUUCCAGGCGGCCUCCGCCCCGUCGCCGCGGAGAAACGAAAACCAGAGAGACGCGGACGGAAAGCGACCAAACUCCACUCCCGACGCGACCGCCCCCUCUCCCUCCCUCCCUCCCUCCUCCGCGCUCGUGCUCGUGCUCCUGACUCGCCCCGUCCCCCGCCUACUCCCCAUCCCCAUGGCGCCGUCGCGCCCGCUCAUGCGCGGGAUCCGCCCGCCGCGCGUCUUCCCCACGCGCGGCGUCCGCGCCUCGCCAUACGCCAUCGCGCUCACCGCGCUGCUCCUCGUCUCUGCCUUCCUCCUCGCGCUCAUCGCCUUCGGCGUCUUCUCGCUCCCGGUCUCCGCCCCCAACGCCGCCACCACAACCGCCGCCGCCGCAGGAGGAGAGACCGAGUCCGCCGACGCCCGACCCGCGCGCCCGCGCGCCCGCCGCGACCUGGGCGAGGGGCUGGGAGAGCGGGGCGCGCAGUGGACGGAGGUCAUCUCGUGGGAGCCCAGGGCAUUCGUCUACCACAACUUCCUGUCUAAGGAAGAGUGUGAAUACUUGAUUGGAUUGGCCAAGCCUCACAUGGUGAAAUCAACAGUUGUUGACAGCACUACUGGUAAAAGCAAGGACAGCAGGGUUCGCACAAGUUCAGGCAUGUUUCUUCAAAGAGGACGGGACAAGGUUAUUCGGGCCAUUGAAAAGAGGAUAGCUGACUACACCUUCAUACCAGUAGAACACGGAGAGGGACUCCAAGUUCUGCACUAUGAAGUUGGACAGAAGUAUGAACCUCACUUUGACUAUUUUCUUGAUGAGUUCAACACCAAGAAUGGUGGUCAGAGGAUGGCUACUCUUCUGAUGUAUCUAUCAGAUGUUGAAGAAGGGGGUGAGACUAUUUUUCCUGAUGCCGAUGUGAACAGCACUUCUUUACCAUGGUAUAAUGAGCUUUCAGAGUGUGCCCGAAGAGGUCUUGCUGUCAAACCAAAGAUGGGGGAUGCGCUGCUUUUCUGGAGCAUGAAACCUGAUGCCACUCUAGAUCCACUAAGUUUGCAUGGGGGUUGUCCUGUGGUUGAAGGGAAUAAAUGGUCGUCAACCAAGUGGAUGCAUGUCCAUGAGUACAAAGCUUGAGCUUUUUUGAAGUCAUCAUACCAAAGGUGGAUCUCUAUGUCCAUGUGACUUGGGCUGUUUCCAGGAUGGUGCUUGGGUAGGCUUUACAGGUCCACUCCAGAUGUAUUAUUUACUCAUUGAAGGAGAAAAUAUGGCCAAUAAGCAGGGGGCUUCCUUGUCAACGCUGGACUUAUAGAGAUGACCAAUCUUGGUUGACUUGGCAUCUUUUCUUUUCUUUUCUUUUCUUUUGUUUUCUUUUCUUUUCUUUUCUUUUGUUUUCUUUUCUUGAGGUACCCCAACUAUAGAGGGAUGAUGUAGUGUUGGGGUCAUAGGAUUUGGAAUUUUGCUUUGUACCUUUUUUUUGUGUCUCACCGCUAACAUCAUCAGUACCAUAAAUCUGUAAUGUUAUGGUAUAAGCUGUGUUGCUGAUC